UCGAUACCUCCGUACAACUCUGCUGCACCACUCUAGAUGACAAACAUUUUCGUGAGAACAAACUCAAAGAAAGCAGCCUAAUAAUUUAACAAAAUGCUUAUAACUGUAAAAAAUCUGCAACAACAAACAUUCUCAAUUGAAUUUGAACCUCAAAAAACGGUCUUGGAGCUGAAGAAAGCCAUUUUUAAUGUUCGUGGCGCGGACUAUGUUGUCGAAAAACAGAAAUUGAUUUAUGCAGGAGUGAUAUUAACAGACGAACGUACAAUUAACUCAUAUAAAGUCGAUGAGAAAAAGUUCAUUGUGGUGAUGUUGACUCGAGACAUCAGCAGUGGAACUGGCAGCGGAAGCAAUUCAAGAACAGAUAACAAAACAGAUGUCGCUGUAGCGGGACCGUCGAAUCAGCAGAUACAGAGAUCAUCAACAGAUGUCUUGGUAACAGAGAAAAGUACGGUACAGAAGUCAGAUGAACCAAAUGCAUUGGCCGCCGCCGCAACAAAUACAAAGACAGUUGACGAAAAAUCUAGCAACAGAACAGCCAGUGAUGAAGUUAGUGAAGCCAACAGAGAAGUUCAAUCUAUCGUUGCGGACACAGAUUAUUCCAGCAUCGAUUUGGCCGGCGAGUUGGCAAACGCAUCCAUUCAAACUCGUGCAGAAUCAAAUUUGCUGAUGGGCGUCGAUUACAAUCGGACAGUGACCUCAAUGGUCGAAAUGGGCUAUCCUCGAGAGCAAGUUGAGCGCGCCAUGGCAGCCAGUUUUAAUAAUCCUGAACGCGCUGUAGAAUAUUUGAUAAACGGCAUACCACUGGAAAAUAAUAUCUUUAAUCCAAGCGCCGAAGAUGAGAGGGAGUCGCAUUUGAGUCAGGUCUCGGGGACUGGUGCGCCGGUAGACUCUUCCGCUGAUCCAUUUGAAUUUUUACGCAGUCAGCCACAAUUUUUACAGAUGCGCUCUUUAAUCUAUCAAAAUCCGCACCUAUUACAUGCCGUUUUACAACAGAUUGGCCAAACGAACCCGGCUCUACUUCAGCUUAUUUCUGAGAAUCAAGAUGCAUUUUUAAAUAUGUUAAAUCAACCUCUGGAAGGUGAAGUAGGAGAUAAUGCGCAUAGGACUGCAAGCAUAAGGAGCAACGAAAGCAUGGCCGCAUCAACAGUGCAAGAUUCAACACGAGAGAACCAGCGCUCUGUUGCUGGAUCAGCAAUUCGGACUGUAUCAACAAAUGCCUCCGAGGGUGAUGGCUUGGGGUUGGGUACAACUGAAAGAGAAAGGAAUAUACAGUCCGAAAAUCCGGCAACUUUUCGAUUGACGCCGCAGGACCAAGACGCAAUAGAAAGGCUUAAAGCCAUGGGUUUUCCAGAGGGUCUUGUUCUGCAAGCUUACUUUGCAUGCGAAAAAGAUGAGGAGCUUGCAGCUAAUUUUUUACUUUCAUCUAGUUUUGACGAUUAGCCCGCUUACAAAUGGCCAGGCAUGUUGGAUUUUUUUUAAACAAACUACAUAAUAAUAAAAAUGAUUAAAGGAAGAUAUUGUA